UGAGAACACUAAGCAGCUAAUUGACGCCAGUAAAAUUUAUGUAUUAAUGGGAAAUCUCUUUCGUGAUUAUAAUUCUACCUUUCAUAAUCAAACUUUCGUCAAAGAGAAUCAGGGAAAACAUAUUUACACUAAACGCAAUUAUCUGGGACAUGAUGGACAUUACCUUUGGGAUAUUGCGAUAUUAGAACUCGUCAGACCGUUUGUAUUGACAACAUGGUUGGUUCCAGUAUGUAUAGAUACUAUAAGUGAUAAAAAUACAAUGGAAGCAGGUUCUUACGGAAAGGUAGCAGGAUUUGGUAGAACUGCACACGGUGAAACUAGUGCAAUAUUACAAGCUUUGAAAGUGCCUAUAAUUUCGUUCAGCCAAUGCUUAUCCGAAACCCAACGUGCUAAUACGCGACAAUAUGUUAAUGAUAAGUUUUGUGCAGGCUACAAAAAUGGUUCUUCUGUUUGUGACGGCGACAGUGGCGGCGGAUUAGUUUUUAAAACUAAUGGUUUGUGGUAUCUUCGAGGUAUUGUUAGCGUUUCCGUCGGCACGAUACAAGACGGUGGGACUGUUCGUUGCGACAACUAUUUGUAUUCUUUAUAUACAAAUGUGUCUAAGCAUAUUUCAUGGAUCCAAGAAGUAAUUUCAAAAGUAGAACAAAAUCAAAGGCGGGCAUUAUGCUCAAAUGAGUCUGAAACGGCAUGUGCCUAAAUUUACUAAUGAUAUGGUAAUGAUACUAAUGGUAUCGAUUAUUAUAUGUGAUAAUCAUUUUGUGUAUUUAUCAUAUAAAUCAAUACUAUCGAUAAAUUAUUUAUUGUAUAAAAGUGCAUACAUUAAUUAUAAAAAAUUAUUAUGAAUGAAUUAAUAAUCUUUUUUACAUUUAUUUUUAUGUAUUCUUUUAUGUUUCAUACCAUAACAGCAAUGAUAAAAUACACAAAAUGGGUUUUAUAUCUCGAAUGUGUAAUUAAGGUGUGCAAGAGUCUGUUAUAUAAAAAUAUAUAAACACGUAGACAA